AAAUUCUCGUAUUAAUCCUCUGCUCUGUUCUGGUCUGUUCUCAAUUCUCAUCUCUUCACAUCCUUUCUCUUCUCCCUCGCGUGGAUCGCUAUGCAUGAAACGGAGCUUCACGAUCUCUCCGACGAUUCGGAUUAUGCCGCCGCUUCUCGACACACUGGUUCUUCGAACAUUACAAGGAGCGAUUCGGGGAAGAGCAUAACCGGUGAGUCCGGGCCAUUGAAGGUCGUUUAUUCGAAAGACAACGUCUCGAUCCACCCCACCCAGUACGCCUCAGAACGCAUCAGCGGGCGCUUGCGUCUUUUCAAACAAGGGUCCUCCUUGUUCUUAUCGUGGAUACCUUAUAAGCCAAGCACUGAUGCGGAGGAUGACUCAUUGUGGCAAGGUUCAAGCUCUAUAUCAAAGGAGAAAGGCCGGAAUCUGUACACCAUUAAGUUACUUCCCCUAAGUGAUGUACAUUCCAUUCGAAGGCACACUCCAGGUCUUGGCUGGCAAUAUAUAAUCGUGGUUCUUUCAUCAGGGCUUGCAUAUCCACCUUUUUACUUCUACAAUGGUGGGGCUCGUGAAUUUCUCGCUACGUUGAAGCAUCAUGUUUGUAUCGUGAGGUCUGUCGAUGAUGCAAAUGUUUUUCUUGUUAAUGAUUUUCAGGAUCCCCUUCAGAGAACUCUAUCAUCUCUAGAGCUUCCAAGGGUUAUUUCUGUUGCCAAUAGAGCAUCCUUGCACAAACCAAGCAAUUCAUUUUCUUCGCUUGAUGAUUCAAAGAUAGUAAAUGGAACUACCUAUGGUGGCAUUUCUUCCGGUAUUUCUGAGUAUAGAGGGCGACCAAAAAAAUCUCAUGAUCCUGCUCGAGAUAUCUCAAUUCAAGUCAUGGAGAAAUUUUCUCUAGUCACAAAGUUUGCCCGAGAAACAACUUCUCAUCUAUUCCGAGAAAAUCAUGGUGAUUUACUUAAUACUCAUCGUAAAAAACAACAAGUUGAAGGCGGUUUUCUUAAUCCAGCAACUAGCUCAUCUGAUGAUGAGAAAAAAACUACAAAUAUGGUCCAGGUGGAUUCAGAUCCCUUGGAGUUUGAAAAGUUACCUCUGGUUUGGGGAAAACAAAGAAAAGCUCCCUUGUCCCUUGAGGAGUGGACAUCUUUCUUGGAUUCUGAGGGACGGAUUAUUGAUUCAAAGGCACUAAAAGAGAGAAUAUUUUAUGGUGGAGUUGAACACAAUCUACGAAAAGAGGUAUGGAAAUUCUUGCUCGGAUACAAUGAAUAUGAUUCAACAUAUGCUGAGAGAGAAUACCUUGCUUCAGAGAAGAUGCAUGAGUAUGAGAUUUUAAAAUCCCAGUGGCAGAGUAUCUCAGCUGCACAAGCCAAAAGAUUUACUAAAUUUAGGGAGCGGAAAAGCCUAAUCGACAAGGAUGUGGUGAGGACAGAUAGAUCUGUUGCUUAUUUCGAAGGGGAUGACAAUCAGAAUGUUACAGUUUUGCGUGAUAUACUGUUGACAUACUCGUUUUACAACUUCGACUUAGGUUACUGUCAGGGAAUGAGUGAUCUUCUUUCACCGAUAUUGUAUGUCAUGAAGGAUGAGUCUGAGUCCUUUUGGUGUUUCACAGCAAUGAUGGAACGUCUGGGACCCAAUUUUAAUCGUGAUCAGAGUGGGAUGCAUUCCCAAUUGUUUGCCUUAUCUAAGCUUGUUGAGCUUUUGGACAGUCCUUUGCAUAACUACUUUGAACAGAAAGAUUGUUUGAAUUACUUCAUUUGUUUCCGUUGGAUUCUCAUACAGUUCAAAAGGGAAUUUGAAUAUGAAAACAUUUUACGACUGUGGGAGGUUCUAUGGACACAUUAUUUGUCUGAGCAUCUUCACUUGUACAUGUGCGUUGCGAUCCUGAGGAGGCACCGAACGAAAAUCAUGGGUGAGCAGAUGGACUUCGACACGCUCCUAAAGUUUAUUAAUGAACUCAGUGGUACUAUCGAUCUUGACUGGAUGAUCAAAGAGGCUGAGGCAUUGUGUGUCUGUGCUGGAGAGAAUGGAGCUGCUUGCAUUCCGCCAGGCACCCCUCCAUCCUUGCCCCUUGAAACCAACAUGGGACUCUACCCCCUGGAAGAUGAAGUAUUGUAGAACAUCUUUCCUUUCCUUGGUCAUUUCUUUUUCUCUCUUUAACAAAUGAAACAUGAUAGUUUAAGACUUCAGUUAUUCCAUAGGUGCAGAUUCGUUUAGCAUUGUAUAUAAAUCGAUAACUCUCAUUUUAGUUAUGAUUGUGUAUAAAACCUAUAUCUCCCAUUCGUUAAAAUGUAUAAUGAAUAUUGUUAGCCUCUUUAUUAAGAUAGCAUUACAGUCGA